AUGGGUUACCACUACUUGAAAUUCAUACAGGAGAAAACCAUGAAGCAGAUCAAAGGGUAUCCGGCCGACCAGUACUCUUCUGUUCGGGGCUCUUCUUCGGACGAUGAUUCUAAAGAUGGCCUGCUCGAAAAGCACCAGGACAUUCUUGGGCCAAAGCCGUCCAUCUGGCGUCGCCAUAAAACUAUGAUUAUUAUGCAAGUCGUGAUCCUUGCGCUAUACUCUGUGGUUAUGUAUUUUGUGGCGGCUAAGCUAGCCUCCAAUUCAUCUACUGGGCCUGACUUGAGCCACUCUCCUGCUGGCAAGGCGGUUGAGUGGCAGUCCAAGACGUUUGUCCUUGGAGACAGGAUUCAAGAGAAGAGCAAGUAUUCAGGUCGACCAAGCCCAGCUGUUGAUAAAGCAUGGCAUGAUCUCCUGAAUGAUGAGAACAUCCGCAUUGAAAAAGAGGUGAUUGAGGCCCUUGGCCGUCAGGACAUAAGUGUCCGGAUUCCUGAAGAUGAUGGUUUCAUUGGUACUUUAAACGUAUACCAUGAGCUCCACUGUAUUAAACGACUUCACCAAUACAUGUACGAGGAUAUCUACUGGAAAGGUCUCGAUGAUACCCAGCGCGAGAUGAACAGACUACACAACGAACAUUGUCUCGAUUUUCUUCGUCAAGCAGCAAUAUGCCAUGGAGACGUUGGGAUAAUCACAUUUCAGUGGAGUCCUCACGACCGAAUCCCGGUCGCCAAUGCCACGACGCACCAAUGCGUGAAUUGGGACAAACUGGAAACCUGGACUAAGGAAAGGAGUGUCGACAUGCUCAAGCCGGGAUGGUUGGUACAUCCUACACUGGGUCAGUCAUUUCCCGCAGGCAAAGGAGAUAAUAUUGGAGCUGCAACCGGAAGUGAUAGCCAUAUGCACGGUUAG